AUGAGUAGCAGUCCAAUAUAUUUGGAUUUUUAAGGGACAACUUAAUAAUUAAAGGAGCCAUUAAAACAUAUUUGUUCUCAUGAGAAGAUUAGUUAAUCAAAGAUAGGGAAAGAGAAUUACGAACCAAUAUUGAAAAGAAAUUCUAGCUUGGAAGUGUCUGAUGAAUUAAAUUUUCGUAGUUAUUUUAGAUGA